CAAGCGAAGACAUCCAAGACACAAAUAUUGAGAUCAAUGAACGAGAGCCAGCCUUUUUGCGAGGGCAGACCACCAAAGCAGGCGUUCGUCUGUCGCCUGUCAGGAUCAUUAAGAACCCUGAGGGGACUUUGCAAAGAUAGGCGAUGCAGACAUUGCAAGCAGGUCGGGAAAGGCGGGAGGCGAGGUAGCAACAAAGACUGCAACUUGAAGGCCGCCACGACAAGCAUUCCGAAGACCCGAUAGACCCAAAACCACGGUUCAAUGCAACCCAGGCCGCACACGAGCCUUAGGCUUAAUGGCGCCGCUAAUCAUUAUUUAAAGCAGGCAAGCACAAACCCGGAGCGCAGCCUCCCUCAGCCCUGCCGAUUCUCAGUCACAAGGAAGAAUUAGUCAAGGCCAUCCUCGGUAAUAAAGUGCUGAUCGUGAUUGGAGAGACUGGCUCGGGGAAGACUACUCAAAUCACUCAGUAUUUGGUGGAGGCGGGGUUUGCCGCUCGUGGUAAGAUCGGGUGCACGCAGCCUCGGAGGGUGGCAGCGAUGAGUGUUGCUGAAAGGGUCAGCCAGGAGAUGGGAGUCGUGCUGGGCCAAGAAGUAGGCUACAGCAUCCGAUUCGAAGAUGUCACCUCGCCUAAGACCGUGAUCAAGUACAUGACUGACGGCAUGCUGCUUCGAGAGGCCCUUCUGGACCCCCAUCUGCGGCAGUAUUCGGUCAUCAUGCUUGACGAGGCCCAUUAGAGGACCAUCCACACGGAUGUACUCUUUGGGGUGCUUAAGAAUGUGGUUGCGACUCGCAAGGAUUUUACACUUAUUGUAACAUCCGCAACUUUGGAGGCUCAAAAGUUUUCGUCUUAUUUUUUCGACUGUAGGAUUUUUCGGAUUCCUGGUCGAGCCUUUCCUGUGGAGAUCGUUCAUGUUCAAGAGCCUGAGACAGACUACCUGGAGGCCUCGCUAGAGUGUGUCCUGAAGAUUCACACAGAAGAAGGGCCAGGCGACAUUCUCCUAUUUUUGACAGGCCAAGAAGAAAUUGACACAGCCUGCAGUGCACUCACAGAAAGAGCACGUAGACUUGGAGCAGCGGGGCUGAUGGUCCUACCUGUCUACUCCGCCAUGCCUAGCGAGCAACAAAGCCGAAUUUUUGAGCCUUCCCCAGGCAUGCGAAAAUGCGUGGUCGCAACAAACAUAGCUUAAGCAAGUCUCACAAUAGACGGAAUUUCAUACGUGGUUGACCCAGGCUUCGCAAAGAUCAAAACCUACAACCCAAAGGCCGGCAUGGACUCACUUGUAGUCGCACCCAUAUCCCAGGCAAGUGCAAGGCAAAGGGCUGGCAGAGCAGGCCGCACAGGCCCUGGCAAAUGCUUCCGUCUGUAUACGGAGCAUGCCUUCAGACAUGAAAUGCUGCCUGUGACGGUCCCAUAAAUCCAGCGUGCUAACCUCUCAGGAACGGUCCUGGAGCUCAAGGCGAUGGGGAUAAACGACCUCCUUCAUUUCGACUUUAUGGACCCUCCGCCCGUUCAAACCUUAGUCGCCGCCUUAUAACUACUGUUCUAUCUAGGCGCCCUUGACGAACAAGGACUGCUCACCCCACUGGGCCGGAAAAUGGCAUAAUUCCCUCUCUAGCCGCCUCUCUCCAAAAUGUUGCUGACGGCGGUCGACCUGGACUGCUCUCGUGAGGUCAUCACCAUAAUCGCAAUGCUGUCAGUGCAGGGGGUUUUCUACAGGCCGAAGGAAAAGCAAGCCACGGCAGAUCAACGCCGAGCCAAGUUUAACCACCACGACGGGGACCAUCUGACAUAUCUGGCCGUGUAUGCAGCUUGGGAGCAAAGCGGGCGGUCAAGCGCAUGGUGCCAUGAUAAUUUUGUUCAGGCAAGGUCGCUGCGCCGAGCAGCUGAAAUCCGGAAGCAGCUGGUCGGAUUGGUCGGCCGGCACGGACUACGAUAAACUUCCUGUGGCGGGCGGCAGGAGCUGGUCCGCAAGAGCAUCGUCUCAGGGUUCUUUUUCCACACGGCCAGGAAAUAAUCACGCUAAGGCUUUAAGACCGCAGUUGACGAUCACCAAGUGUUUGUCCAUCCUUCAAGCGCACUCUUCAACAAAGAGCCUCAAUGGGUAGUCUACCAUGAGCUUGUCUUCACGAGCAAGGAGUACAUGCGGGAUGUUUGUGCGAUCGACCCUCGAUGGCUGGUUGAAGUGGCCCCUGGGUUCUUCAAGGCCAGUGACCCCGACUCUCUGGCGCGCAGAAGCAGAGGGUUUAGAAUCGAGCCUCUGAACCAGAAGUACGGCGAUCCGAACGCAUGGCGUAUCAGUGUCCGUAAAGGAUGA